AUGAUUCAUAUUUUCCAUGUUAUUUUAAAAAUUUAUUUAAUUUUAUGGAUAUCAUUCAAUGUAACAAGAAGUAACCCUUAUGCUAAGAAGUUAUACGAUCAACUGAUACGAAAAAAAGGGUACAGUAAGGUCAUCAGACCGGUUUAUAACACUUCUGAUAAGGUUAUUGUUGAAAUUAGUCUCAAACUUUCUCAACUGAUUGAUUUGGAUGAACGAAAUCAAAUUAUGACGACAAAUGUCUGGGUGACACAAACUUGGUUUGAUCCUGCUCUAGUAUGGAAGCCAAAAGAAUUCGGCAAUGUUGAUAUGAUUUAUGUCCCAGCUAAUUCAAUUUGGGUUCCUGAUAUUGUUCUUUAUAACACAGCCGAUGGAGUGUACGAAAUGACAUCUGGUACGAAAGCCGUUGUAAUGAACACAGGUAAAAUCAAGUGGAAACCACCUGCUUCAUUUCGAAGUUCGUGUCUUAUCGAUGUCACAUAUUUCCCCUUUGAUGAACAAAUGUGCGGAUUUCAAUUUGGAUCAUGGACGUACAACAUUCAAGAAGUUGACAUACAACAUGCUUGGCAACCUGACGACUCCAUCGACAUGGGCAUCGAUUUAAGUGAAUUUUAUCGUAGUGCUGAGUGGGAUUUGAUGUCAGCUCCAGCCACGAAAAGAAAUAGAUCGUAUGCGGGCUCAGAAGAACCAUUUCCAGAAUGGACGUUCAAUGUUACUUUGAAAAGAAAAUUUUUAUUUUACACCGUUAAUUUGAUACUUCCACUUAUGUCGCAUGCCUUCAUUACAGUUUUAGUUUUUUAUAUUCCGGCAGCAAGCACAGAAAAGAUGUCUCUCAGCAUUAACAUUCUUCUUUCAUUGACAGUCUUUUUUUUAAUGUUAGUUGAAAUCAUACCGCCCACUUCUCUCGUGGUACCACUUUUAGGAAAAUAUUUGUUGUUUACCUUAAUGUUAGUUUCAUCAUCAGUUAUUAUCACUGUGCUUACUUACAACAUUCAUUAUCGAUCUUUCGCAACACAUUGCCUUCCACAUUGGGUAAGAAAGGUCUUUUUGUAUUGGCUACCACGAUGUUUGUUUAUGAAGAGGCCAGAAAUAGAAAAUCACGAAGACGUUUAUUUAAAGCAUAUUAUUCUGUGCACGUGCUUUAAAAACAAAUCUCAUGACGUAAAUUCUCUCCAAACUUCCCGAUUUGGAAGUAACAUAAAGAAGCUGGUUGAACAAUUUAACAAAGAUUCUCACUUCAUAUCAACUUCAAAUCUUUCCCCGAGCGUUCAAGAUGCUGUUCGAGGUGCCUUAUACAUUGCCAAUCAUUUGAAACGACAGGAUGAGUUUUCAAGGGUUUUCAGAAGACAACGGUACCCCACAAUCGAAGACUGGAAAUAUAUGGCAUUAGUCAUAGACAGAAUUUUCCUCUGGAUUUAUUCAUUGGUUUGCUUAUCUGGAACAUUAAUCAUCAUUUGCCAAGCUCCCAUGCUCUAUGAUACACGAGUUCCUGUUAUAUUCAGUUGA